AUGGCAACACACAGGGCCAUGCUGGUGUGCCUGGGCCUGGGCCUCUUCCUCCUGCCAGGAGCCCAGAGUGCCCCACCAGGCUGUAGCCCGGACCUCAACCCCCUUUACUACAACCUGUGUGACCGCUCCGGCGCCUGGGGCAUCGUCUUGGAGGCAGUGGCCGGAGCGGGCGUCGUCACCACAUUUGUGCUCACCAUCAUCCUUGUGGCCAGCCUGCCCUUCGUGCAGGACAGCCGCAAGCGCAGCCUGCUGGGCACCCAGGUCUUCUUUCUGCUGGGCACUCUGGGGCUCUUCUGCCUUGUGUUUGCCUGCGUGGUCAAGCCGGACUUUUCCACUUGUGCCUCCCGCCGCUUCCUCUUCGGAGUCCUGUUUGCCAUCUGCUUCUCCUGCCUGGUGGCCCACGUUUUUGCCCUGAACUUCUUGGCCCGGAAGAACCACGGGCCGCGGGGCUGGGUCAUCUUCCUCGUGUCCCUGUUGUUGACCCUCGUGGAAGUCAUCAUCAACACGGAGUGGCUGGUCAUCACCCUGGUGCGUGGGGCCGGCGAGAGCAGUGGUGGAGCUGCAGGCAACGGCAGUGCCAGCUGGGCCGUGGCCUCGCCCUGCGCCAUCGCCAACAUGGACUUUGUCAUGGCGCUCAUCUAUGUCAUGCUGCUGCUGCUGGGGGCCUUCGUGGGCGCCUGGCCCGCCCUGUGUGGCCGUUUCAAACACAGGCAUAAGCAUGGGGUCUUUGUACUGCUCAGCACGGUCACAUCCAUCACCAUCUGGGUGGUGUGGAUUGUCAUGUACACCUAUGGCAACGAGCAGCACAACAGCCCCACUUGGGACGAUCCCACGCUGGCCAUUGCCCUCGCUGCCAAUGCCUGGGCCUUCGUUCUCUUCUAUGUCAUCCCCGAGGUCUCCCAGGUGACAAAGGCCAGCCCCGAGCAGAGCUACCAAGGGGACAUGUAUCCCACCAGGGGCGUGGGCUAUGAGACCAUCCUCAAGGAGCAGACUGGCCAGAGCAUGUUUGUGGAGAACAAGGCGUUUUCCAUGGAUGAGCCUGCAGCAGCCAAGAGACCCGUGUCUCCAUACAGCGGCUACAAUGGGCAACUGUUGACCAGCGUGUACCAGCCCACUGAGAUGACCCUGAUGCACAAGGGCCCGGCUGAGGGAGCGUACGACGUCAUCCUCCCGCGGGCCACUGCCAACAGCCAGGUGAUGGGCAGUGCCAACUCCACCCUGCGGGCCGAGGACAUGUACGCGGCCACCCGGAGUCACCAAGCGGCCACAGCGUCCAAAGAUGGCAAAAAUUCUCAGGCUCAGUCCCCGCAAAAUCCAACGAGAUGGUAA